AGGAAAAGGACGCACACAAGCAGACAAAAUCCAGACAGCCUUUCUCGUCACCCCCUCGAUUAUAUUAUAUUUUCAGGAUUCCCAUCUCCACCCUUUCCUCAGACGAAUCAGGUCAUUAUUUUCAUCUUUUCUAUUCCAAUCAUCUCCACCCUCCAUUCCGUGACCUUCAACCUCUGGCCCACUCCCCUCUCUUCAUAAAUCCAAGCCACUCAAAACACUCCCUCCAUUUCAUCGAUUCGAUUCCUCACGCAUCUUCAAGAGAAAACAGAGAGUCUCAGCUUCAAAUCACUGAUUUAUGCCCCUGGAAAAGGAGGAAAUUCCGUUAAAAGUGAAAGAUUCAAAGGCGGAGGGUAUUUCUCUAUAUAUUCCGGAAGAAGAAUCGGUAUCGGCGCGGAUUUCAGUAUACUGAGAGAGAAUGAGAUCUUUUGAGUUCUUGAAUAUUCUCUGUUUUCUGUGUUUUCUCGCGCUCGUUCGGCCCUCGUCGGAAUCUGACGACGGCCACCAGCAGCCGUUGUUACCGGGCGAGUUCUCGUCUCCGAACACUGUUCCGGCGUAUCCGGUCCAGACUCAGACUCAGAACUGCCAUCUGGAUCUCUCCGCCGAGCUCUUCGGCGGCGUCGCUCAGGCAUGCGGCCGGAAUCUCGAUCGGAGCCGGUGCUGCCCCGUACUCGCGGCGUGGCUCUUCGCUGCGCACGCACGGUCGGCGCUUGAGAUCCGUGCGCCAGCGCCGGAGUCGUCGGAUCUGCCGAUGAUGCCGGACGAUUCGCAGAAGUGUGUCAACUCGCUGCAGAACUCGCUGCUGAGUCGGGACAUACACAUCCCGCAGCCGAACGCGAGCUGCGAUGCGAUUCUCUGCUUUUGUGGGAUUCGGCUGCAUCAGAUCAGCUCGUUGAGCUGCCCCGCCGCUUUCAACGUGUCGAGGAACGCGACGCCGACGGCAGCUGUGAGAAAUUUGGAGCGGAAUUGCAGGAACUCGUCCUACGCAGGGUGCACUCGGUGCUUGGAAUCACUCGACAAGCUGAAAGGGGGGCAAAACGAGAGCCGAGCAGGGAACGAUCGAGCGAGCAAGAUGUUUAGCAGGGACUGCCAGCUGAUGGGGCUGACGUGGCUCCUCGCCCGCAACAAGACGGCGUAUAUUCCAACGGUCUCAGCAGUCCUGCGCGCCAUCAUGUACAGUGCGCACCCACCGCACCAGUCCAAAUGCAGCCCCGAUCAGGAGAACAUGCCCCUAGCCGUUGAUUCCCUCGAAUUUCAAAAGCUCGAUGGCUCCUCUCCCGCCCCACCCAAAAUAUCGCCACCUCUUCCAUUCCUGCCCUUCGCCUUCCUCGUCCUUCUCUUCUGCUAUUCGCUCACAUGAGUGCUACAAGACAGACGAAGGCCCUGUCUUUUUUCGUCUUCUUUUGCUCUGUGUAAAGUACGGCUCUCUCUUUUAUUUUUUUUUUAUUUUUACCGCGCUACAGUUUUUCUAGCUUUUCAUAGCUUGAAAUCCUCGCUGGGGUAAAUCUUUUUUUGAUUUUUUUGGCUAGAAAAUGAUGGAUAGAGCUGCCCUUGACGUGACGAAGUUGUAUGUAGAUGGUUACUUUUGAUUAGGGUAUUUCUGUCA